GCCCCAUGUCCCCAACCUCGCCUUCUCUGGAGCUCCACUGUAGGUGCUGGACGCCAAAGUACCAGGCCUGGGAGGUGUUCAACAGCGCUAAGAAACUACCUUGCUGGCCCUACGGAGGCGUGUGUGGUUCUCAAAAACUGGCAUUCUGAUGGGGGAGUUCGUGUGUUAAAGUUAACAGUGAUUUAGUUUGUUUGGUGCAAAGAACAGACCAAGCCCGAGUCGUAUAAAAGAUUGAGAAAUUCCACAGUCUACUAAUGCAACUUCUGGGAACCAAGGAACGCUGCACUGUUGCCAUGGAAACGGACAGAAGGGUUUGAAAUGAAGAUCCUCAAGUUCUUAGGAAGUAAAUAUCUUUUGAAACUGAAAAAGUGUUGUGAAAGAGAAUACUUCAUGUAACUAAGUGGACUCUUCAGAAGCCGGGAGGUAUAUAGAAGUAAAAGAAUGAACCCAAACCUGAUUAUGGAUUUCAAAGAAAGAUUCCUCAAUACACAAAGGAAGAAAUAAACUGGUAGAAAACCCUCAGGAACAAUGUCUUUUUGCCACAAUAUAAUUAAUAUUUCCUGUGUGAAAAGCAGCAGGUCGAAUGAUGUCCGUGCUUCCCUGUAUAGUUUAAUGGUGCUCAUAAUUCUGACCACACUCAUUGGCAAUCUGAUAGUCAUUAUUUCCAUAUCACACUUCAAGCAACUUCAUACCCCAACUAAUUGGCUCAUUCAUUCCAUGGCCACUGUGGACUUUCUGCUGGGGUGCCUGGUCAUGCCCUAUAGCAUGGUCAGAUCUGUUGAGCAUGGCUGGUACUUUGGAGAAGUCUUCUGUAAAAUUCACACCAGCACUGACAUUAUGCUGAGCUCAGCAUCCAUUUUCCACUUGUCCUUCAUUUCCAUUGACCGCUACUAUGCUGUGUGUGAUCCAUUGAGAUACAAAGCCAAAAUCAGUAUCUUGGUUAUCUUUGUGAUGAUCUUCAUUAGUUGGAGUGUUCCUGCUCUUUUUGCAUUUGGAAUGAUUUUUCUGGAGCUAAACUUCAAAGGAGCUGAAGAGAUGUAUUAUAAAUACAUUCACUGCAUAGGGGGUUGCUCCGUCUUCUUUAGCAAAACAUCUGGGGUACUGGCCUUUAUGACUUCUUUCUAUAUACCUGGAUCUAUUAUGUUGUGUGUCUAUUCCAGAAUAUAUUUCAUAGCUCAGAGACAGGCAAAAUCAAUUCAUGAUGCAAAUCAGAAGUUUCAAAUUGGAUUGGAAGAAAAAAAUGGAAUGUUACAAAGCAAAGAAAGGAAAGCUGCAAAGACUUUAGGGAUUGUGAUGGGAGUUUUCUUAAUAUGCUGGUGUCCUUUCUUUGUCUGCAUGGUCAUGGAUCCUUUCCUGGACUAUAGCAUUCCACCCACAUUGAAUGAUGCAUUGAUUUGGUUUGGGUACUUGAACUCUACGUUCAAUCCAAUGGUUUAUGCUUUUUUCUAUCCUUGGUUCAGAAAAGCACUGAAGUUGAUUCUAUUUGGUAAAAUUUUCCAAAAAGAUUCGUGUAGGUAUAAACUAUUUUUAGAAUCACAUCCAUAGAAUUAUUAUAUUUACUGCUUACUGUUUUGCAAAACAGGUGGUGAUCAUAUUUAUGACCACAACAUAAUCAACCACAUGGACCAAUUGCAGGGUCUUUUAUCAGUUAUUUGAACCAAAGAACAAAUAAUAAGAUAGAAUUCUUACAUUUCCCUUCCUGUUUGAGAUGUAAUAGAUGUGAUCUUUGCCAUUCUUACUAUCCACACUGAGGCUUUGCAAGUCCACAAUUGGAGGCUCUACAUGAAAGAAUUUUCCAGGCCUUACAUGAACUGCUAUGAAAUUGCCAGAAGUACCUUACUCAUCUGUUCAGGGAAUGCAUUUGGGAAUGCAAAUUAGAAUGGCUUUGUCAUUCAUUUUCUUGACUAUAAAUGCUUUUUUGUAAAAUCAAAGAAAGUACACAUUAAAUGUUAUUGAAUAAUUGUUUAUGCAUGAUUUGCCAUUUUUCAUGAAUCCUUAUUAAUAUAUAUUCCAAUUUUUAAGUAUCUUAAUUCUCCUCUUUUUAUAAUAGGUUGUCUUGAUUUCAAAAAAGUUGCAAAAAAAAAUCAGAAAAAAAAUCAUACAGAAAUGAAAUGAAAAUAAAGAUAUCACUCAUAGCUUGUCUCCUGAAAGAACUAUAUCAUUUAAAAUUCUUAAAAAUGUAAUAUUUUGGUGACUCUAUAAUGUUACAUUGUAUGAAUCUACAAAGAUUUUUUUUUUUUUUUUUUUCCCAAAAUGCGGGGCUUGAACUCAUGGCCCUGAGAUCAAGGCCAGAGCUAAAAUCAAGAGUUAGUUUAUUUAACUGACUGAGCCAACCAGGCACCUCCAAAGAUUUUUUUUUAAACCAUUUCCCUAUUGUUGACCACUUUGAUUUCAAUUUUUUUUUUUUAAUGAUAGAAAUUAAACCAAAUUUCUGUCUGUUACUUGUUAUUGAAGGUUAUAAAAGUGUCUGGAAGGAUUUUACCAUAGUUCAAGGUUGUGCCUGGUAUGACAGGACUCAAAAUACAAGCUCUAUGAAGUAAAACAGAAUCACUUGUUGGACUCCAGGCUGCACCAAAAGAGAAGCAGCCAUCAGGGAUGAACAUGAGGUAUAAUCAGAAUAGACAUGCCAUACCUAUUAAGAUGGCAUAUACAAAAAGACAAAGAGGAACAAAUGGUGGUUUCAAGUAAGAUUCUUGAUUAUAAGCAUUGAUUUCCAAUUGUACUGCUUCUCAUACACACUUCAUGCAGUCUGUUGCAUGUUGAGUAGCCCUAGUGAUUUGGAUUUAUUUAUUUAAUAACAAUGACUUAGGUUCAUGAGAAGAUUAAGUUAAGGCAGCUAAUUUGAAAUGAAAUUAUAGAGCAAUUUCCUGCAUCCAAGUUUCUGUUCACAGACUGGAUGAUCUCUGAGGAUAUGUUAAAUCCUUCCAUUGCUCAUGGUCUGUUUCAGGACUGUGUAUAAUGUUUUAACUAUUGGACUAGAUUUUUGUUCUGGGACAUUUACUUUUUCAUUUAAUUUAAAGUAAGACAAAUUGUUGCUAAUUACUCCUCGUGUCAAAAACUACCUUGACUUUUUUUCACCCAUGAGAUCACUUUGUCAGAUUUUAAAAAAUGAACAAAAGGGGUGCCUGGGUGGCCCAGUUGGUUAAGCAUUUGACUUAGGCUCAA